CGGCAAUUAAUUUCGGUUGCUCAACCGCCCAAGAUAAGACGCCGACUAUGAGGUUGGAGACAAGGGCGGAGAAGCUUACAGCAAUCGAAUUCAGCAGCUUUCGUGACUCGAACACAGUAGCAAGGAGCAAUGUCGAGUACCCAAUUGAAAUCCGACGCCUUGUUGGAGCAGAUGAAGCAACACCUCGCCACCGACGCCGGCAAAGAGCUCACCAAGAAGGUUGGCCUCGUCUACCAGAUUAAUAUUGCUCCCAAGAAAAUUGGGUUUGAUGAGGUGACCUAUAUCGUUGAUCUCAAGAAAGGAGAAGUUAUUAAAGGGCAAUACGAAGGAGGAAAACCUGAUGCUACGUUUUCCUUCAAGGAUGAAGAUUUUGUAAAAGUUGCAAUGGGGAAGAUGAAUCCCCAAAUUGCUUUUAUGAGGGGUGCUAUGAAGAUCAAGGGUAGUUUGAGUGCAGCUCAGAAAUUCACUCCUGACAUUUUCCCAAAACCUUCAAAGAUGUGAGACUGUUAGCUGAUACAGUUCAUAGAAUAAAUCACUACCGUGUUAGAUCCUUUCCCUUGCCCUAGAAGUUGUGGUUCAGCUAAUUUGUAAGACAUUUGAGGAAGGUAUAAAUUGGAACCCUCCAUCAAUCACUAUUGUUGCUCAUUAUAAAUUCCAGAUGUGAUAGGGUAUCACACAGUAGAGUUCCUGCUUGUAACAAUCUUGAGUCACAAAAUCCACAUAAUCAUCUUCAUUAAUGGAUUUGCAUGCAUUUGUUUCUUACCU